AUGCCUUCUACGACGUCUCCAUGCCCAGUAAAACCGUCGUCGCUCCGCCUCCUAGUCCUCUCUCCAAGCACUAUCCCCGGCAUUUCAGCGCCAGUGUCAGAGUCAGCAUGGGCGUCAGGGCCAACGCCAGCUCCGUCCUCGUUACCUACACCGCCCCUGUUCCCAGCAUUCCUCGAGGCAAUCACCGGCUCCAGGCCGUCCGCCGACGUGGCCACCUUUUCAGGCUACACUUCACACCCACCCGUAAGGUUGACGACGAAAUACUACGCCCGCGACGUGGGGAUAUGGUGCGACGAGUUACCUUCACCGUUUGCCACGCCACAAUCUCCCGGUAGGCGAGCGUCUCCCGGACCAGCAUUGCCACCACUGAGCGAGAGAGAUGCAAGGAACUCGCUCGAUUCGAAUCCUCCGAGCAGUGACGAGGACGAGGCCGAGAGUCAACGCCAGGUCAGCCAGGGCGUCAACUCAGACACAGACAUAGACGCAAGCACUGAGUCGAUGACCCCAAUCCCAACCCUAACUCUCGAGGACUGGACACGUCAGAUCCUCUCACCAGCGGCACGCGAAGUCCGCGCCGUGAUAGCCGGGAUCGUCCUUCUCUUGCCGAUUUCUGCCAUUUCAACCUCUACCACUACCUCUGCCGCCCUCGCGACGCGAGAAUCAGCAUCAGCAUCGGCGUCAGCAUCACACUACCACGACCAGGACCCGGACCAGGACCGCGAGACCGAGCGGGACCCACUCAUCAAGCUCAUCCAAACAGCCCACACCCUCCGCGAAGCCAUCGAGGACGACUUUCCCGGCAGGGAUAUCGCUUCCCUCGUCGUGUUGCAGAAGGCUUCUUCCUCUUCGGGCCCUGGGACGAGAAGGACGAGUCCCACUACUACUGAGCAAAAUGGGCUCCUCAUUGAACAGCUCGAGGAGCGGUGUCUUGAACUGGGAUUCCUGGGGUGGGAAUUUGUGGCGUGGGAUGGCGUGAUCAGAGGGCGAGACGCCCAACAAAAGGAGGAGGACCAAAUGCAAGAGCCAAUGCAAGCCGAGAGGAACAAAUAUGGCGAGAGGAACGAACACGGCGAGAAAACAGGUCUCCCGCGCGUGCUCGAGGUUCUCGAGUCGGUAGAUUGGUCGGCCGAGCCGGGUGACGGUGACGGAGGUGACGACGGGGACGAUCUCAAUUUCGAUGACGAUGAAUACACCGAUGGCGAUGACGAUACGUUGCCGAAUAUGCGGGCCAGGACGUUAGUGGGAGACGGGGCCUCCAGAUUCGGCGCCCUGGACUUUGAACUGCAGAGGGAGAUGAUGGAGUUGAAGAUGAGUAUGCUCGGGGGAGACGACGAGGAAGCGGGAGAUGAUGACAGAGGGGAUGAUUCUCGGGAGAUGAAUCACAGUGACGACGCCGACCAAGAAACGCAGAUCGAGAGGCUUCCUGGCCUGGUUGAACGGGUCGUUGCCAUAAGGGAGGCGGGACUGGAGAUGGGCCAGGACGAGAGGGAGAGGUUCGCGAAGAGGGAGAUUGCGCGGAUUAUGAGGGAGAUGGGAUGA